AGAACAGGAGUGCGAAACGGAGCGUGUCAUCUCACCGAUGGAUAACAACUAAACUGAGGAUUAAUAUCGCGACGCAUACUAGCAAAUCACCAAAGGGCACAAUGACAGAGAUCCUGUCUUCACCUCCAAAUGAGAAGACUUUAAGUGCCAGCGAACUGACUGAAUUCUUUAACAUGUUGGAGGAAUUUAAUUUCACAGAUGCCAGUGAUAACAUAACACGGGUGGAAAUGCAAAUGUGCCCCACUUCCUUUAACCGUUCUGCUCUUCUCCAUGCUAUGUGCACCCUCUAUGUAUUAAUUUUUGUAGUGGGCCUGGCCGCCAAUGCGCUAGUCAUUUGGGUCAACUUGCGGUCACAACGUCAUUACCAUGAGACACAUUUAUAUAUCUUAAACCUGGCAGUGGCUGACCUGUGUGUGGUAGCUACUCUCCCUGUGUGGGUGAGCUCGCUGGCACAGGGUGGUCACUGGCCAUUUGGCCAGGUGGCUUGCAAGCUAACACAUCUUCUCUUCAGCGUCAACCUCUUUGCCAGCAUCUUUUUCUUGGCCUGCAUGAGCAUGGAUCGGUAUUUAUCAGUGUCACGCUCAGGGGAGUUCUCUCACAGACGUGGAAGACAAAUACGCUAUUUAGUGUGUGCUGUAAUGUGGCUGCUAGCUCUGUUUGCCUCAAUACCUGACACGUACUUCCUCCAGUCAGUGAAGUCACAACACAGCCAUGUAACCUUGUGCCGUCCUGUUUACCCAGAGAAUAACGCUCUGCAGUGGAUGGUGGGCAUUCAAUUGAGUUUUGUGGUUCUAGGUUUUGCCAUUCCUUUCCCUGUUAUAGCAGUGUCUUACGCGCUGCUGGCAAACACCCUGACUUCCUCAUCCUUCUCCUCACAUGCCCCUUCAAGUGGAGAACAGGAUCAUAGUGUGAGCAGGAAGGUCAUCCUCACGUACAUAGUGGUCUUUACAGCUUGCUGGGCACCAUAUCAUGCUGUGCUCCUAGCUGACGCUAUGGCCAUGCUGGGGCUGGUUCCUCUGGGCUGCAGCGCAGAGAAUGCCCUGUUUGUGGCGCUGCACCUUACACAGUGCCUGUCAUUGCUGCACUGCUGCGUGAACCCGGUGGUCUACAGCUUUGCUCACCGCCACUACCGUUAUGACCUCAUGAAGGCCUUCUUCUUCAAAUACUCCACUCGUACAGGGCUGACACAGCUAUUGGAGGGCUCUCAGGGCAUUGAGACAGAAUAUGCAAUGGUGGAGAACAACCCUACACCCGUAAGCUAGGACGCACAGGGUUUUCACUCUCAACCAGAGUUCUGCACUGCUUCAAAUCAUGACCUCACUUGACAUGUAUCAGAUGUGGAUUUUCCAGAUAAGUGAAACUGAAUUAAAACAACAAGUUUUUCAUUGAACAAGUAGCAAAUGUUCAAUGGUGGCCCCAAAGACAUUGAACACUAUUGAGCUUUUGGAAUAAUUCCAAAAACGAUUAUGCAGAAAUGUGCCAAAGACAGAUGCUUCUUAUUUUAACUUAAGAACUGCACGCACUCAUCCAAACAAUAGAGUGCAUAUUAACCUUCCGAGGCCCACACGUGACUGCUGUGUGCAUUUUCAAUUCUCCUUUUUUAAUUUGUAACUAGUAGCACCUAAUAAACAAGCAAAAAAUAAAAUAUACCUAGCGCAAAUAGUUUUCCUAAAUAUUGAUGUCUACAUAUGUGGACAUCGGGACUACAUUUUAAGUAAUAUCAAGCUACAGAAAACCACAUUUUUUUAAUCAUAUAGUUUAUUAUGUUUCCAGUAGUGUUGGUUAUUCAUGUUUUUGAGUCAAUUUUCUGUUAAGCCAAAUAAAUUAUUCUGAUUCAAAGUUAUGGCCAGCAUCAUCAAAUUACUGCCAACCAUGUUUAAAUAAAAAUUUGUAUUAUAAAAUUCUGAAUCUAUGUACUGAUUGUCAUUGUCCCAUGUCUGCCAAUAUUUUGAGUGGUUCAAAUAUCAUCUGCAGCCUGAAACUGAACUCUUGGUCAGAUUCUAGGAUUGAAUGCACUUAGCUGCAUAGAAAGCUAUUGGAUGCACCCUUGCUCCCUAUAAAGUGAGCCUCUGAAAGCUACAUUUUUCAGCUUUUGGAUGAAUACAUUUAUUCUCAAUGUGAAAAUGGGUUGUAACUAAAUAGGAAUGUAUUUACUAAUGUUAGUAAAUAGAACGGUUUUGUAUAGUGAUAACAAAAUAAGAAAUAACUAAAUGUAUAUUAAAAUGAAGCAAAUGACCCACAGAUGUGUUAUAGUUGAAAAUUAUUAAAAAUAACUAACAUGUUUUUUCAACUUUUAUUGGUACAAGGUCCCAUUUUCCACAUAUGUUGACUUCUUCUUUAUAAGCAUGCUGACGUGUGAAAAAUCUAUGGAUUUUUUAAAGCAGCAUAUCAAACAAAACAAGAGAUGCUACUUGUUGCAACUACUUUGUUACAACCAAACAGGUUUAAAUAAAAAAACGUAAAGAGGUUUCUUACCAGAGGCACUUUUGUUGGCGCUGCACCCAUAGUAGCACUUCACGGAAAUCGAUGUCAUGCUGUUGUGUCACGUGACACAGUGUGCCAGAAGUUGAAUCUUUAAAUGACAGUAUAGAGUCCUAUGAACAGUAUUCAGUCAGUUUUAAUACAUUUAAAUGAUGCGCUGCUUAUAGCAAAGCCAAAAUACAACAUACAAUACCCUGAACGGAAAGGAACUGCAAAGAUAAACAUUUGUUUUCUAACAGCAGUCCAAAAAGUCAUUAUACUAUUAUAUCAAUAUUUAAGAUUUCUUAACCCAACUCAAUUUCUAUACUUUGAUAGAAAAAACAUUUUAAAACAUGUAUCAGGCAGUAUGCUGUAUGUAGUAACAAUUAUUUUAUUUACAUUACACUAUAAAAGAGAUAUUCUUAAACACCUAAUCCCACCCCUACGCUUAAAUGUAACUAAUACAUAACAUUAAUGCAAAACUCCUUUUGAACAAAACAAAAACAAUGAGCAAAUAUGAAAUGCAUAAGUAAAGCAAUGAGUGCACAGAAUUUUCAAUUUAUUUUAUUUAAAAAAAAUGUAGUCUUGGGUAAAGUUUUGAAUUCUUCCUAAAUUAUACGAAUAUGUUCUAACAGUGACAUUUAAAAUAUGGAAAAGUGUAACAUUUUGCUGAUGCAGACAACAGACCAGAGGAUGUUUUGGUGAUGGUGUUAUAAGGAUGUAUUGUUAUGAGAGUGUGUUGAAUUAUGACUUUUCAUAAAUGUAUGAUAACUUGAAAUAUUGCAAUUUAUGAUACAAUAUUUGAGAAUUUAAGCUAGUUUUUACUCCUUACUUACCAGUCUCUUACUACUGAAAAGCAACAUAAGUUCAAUAAAAAAUAAAUAAACAAUAAUAAUAAUAAUAAUAAAUCAUAGUAUUAGAUGGAAUGAUGAAAUCAUGUUAAAAGAAUGUUACAAAAUAAGAUUUUGAAGUUAUUUGUAUUUUUUGCAGACUGUAUAAUGUAGCUCAACUUCGGUGUUUAUUUUUAGAUGUUGCUCACUUGCUAUUGAUUGGAAUGCUCAAAGCACUUAGUAUAGAGGGGAUUGUUGUCUUUUAUGGCAAGAUAAUUGGUGUUACUUAUGUAUUUUGAACAGUCUGUGCACACAUGUUCCCUUCUCUGCAACAGCUCAUUCAAAAAUUUUAAAGGAUGGGAUUGGGACAAUCUGAAUAUAUCUGGAUUUUUCAAAGAUUGAGUGUGUUCAUGUAGGGUUCAUGAAGUGUAACUGUAUGUGUUUGUGUUUAUACAUCAUUGUUGUUUUUUCUGUUAUGUAUAUAAUGUUUAAUGACAGACUUAAUCUUGUAACAGCUUCUUGUGUGUGUACUUGAAAGAGCAUUUUCUUAAAGGUUACUGAGUCAUUUUUUAGAUGUGUAUAUUUAGAUUUUCUGUAAGGUAACUUAAAUACAUUGUUAUAUUUAACUUAGCUUCUGUCACAUAUUUUUUUUGUUGUAGAGUUCUGAUGGAACAUUGCAAACCUAAAUGUUCUUGAAAUAACUUGUUUUUCUUCAGAAAACCUAUUCAAUUACUCUAGUCUCUCUUAAACAUCAAAUCACCCUUCUUUAAAUUCCUUUUCCUCAUUCUCAUGCUCAUAUACAGUAUGGUAUCUUAUGGAAACUGCAUGGAUAGGAUUAACCCAUGCAUGAGCUGAAUAUGGAUUCAAUCUACUCUUCCCUUUUAUGUUUGAUUAAAUAAACACCACAGUGGUAUAACUGGUUCGCCAUGUGUUCGACAGUGAUGGCCCCUUUCAUUUACACCCUUAGGGAUUCAUAAAAAACUUAAAGGUAAUAUCUUCAAUCUUUGUUAAUGCAACAAUAAAUGUCU